GACUUUCCGAGCUUGAGAAGGGUAUUGGCCUUCCUUGCGUUCAGCAUGCCAGGCUCGCAGGUGGAGCAUCAAGCUCGCCUUCUGCUUUCACAGUUGCUGCACCCUGAGCCCAGCGAGGCAGAGAGUCAGGCACCAGCUCCUGAGAAAGAUCCCAACCCAGAUGAACAUCGCCCCCCUUCUCCAACUCUAGUGCCCACCACACCUCAGAGCCACAGAUCGACGUCCAGCGCCGCAGCCGCCUCGAGUCUCAGCCUGGAUUGCACUUCAAGCAAUGGAAAGACCAUUCACGUCCUCCCAGCAACGAGCCUCAGCCCCUGCACCGUGGUCCCACCACUGAUUUCCGCCCCUUCCCCUUUACCACCAGUUCAUUAAAGUUCUGUUUUGUCUUGCAC